UCGAGCUCAGGCCGACGCUUUCCUGUCCCGCCUCGCCUCGCGGGCACCGAGGGGAGGAGGGGGCCGUCCCGCGGGCGCCGGCGAGGGUUAGGUCGGGUCGGCUGGGGGCGCCGGUGCGCUAGCGCGGCAGGGCUCGUUGGAAGAGCGGAGGCGUCUCCCGCCGAGCGGUCACAAUGUCUGGCGUGGGAGUGGGCUCCUGCGGGGGGUCGGGCUCAGGGGCCUGUGGCGGCGGCGGGGCGGGGGCGGCGGCCUCCUCCUCGUCGUCGUCUCCCGGUGGAGGCGGCGGCCUGUCGAUGUUCCGCUGGCUGGAGGUCCUGGAGAAGGAGUUCGACAAGGCGUUCGUGGACGUGGACUUGCUGCUAGGCGAGAUCGACCCCGACCAGGCGGACAUCACCUACGAGGGGAGGCAGAAGAUGACCAGCCUCAGCUCCUGCUUCGCGCAGCUCUGCCACAAAGCGCAGACCGUCUACCAGAUCAACCACAAGCUCGAGGCACAGCUAGUGGACAUGAAAUCAGAACUGAUAGAAACACGGGCUGAAAAAGCAGUAUUAGAAAAAGAGGUGCACGAUCAGCUAUUACAACUUCAUGCCAUCCAACUUCAACUCCAUGCAAAAACUGGUCAGAGUGUUGAUUCGGGGACAAUAAAAGCAAAGUUGUCUGCCCCUUCUGUGGAGGAUAUGGAGAGAGAACUUGAAGCCAACAAGAAAGAAAAGGUGAAAGAAGCUCAACUUGAAGCGGAAGUGAAGCUACUUCGGAAGGAAAAUGAGGCACUUCGUCGACACAUAGCUGUGCUCCAGGCUGAAGUAUAUGGGGCAAGACUCGCAGCCAAAUAUUUAGAUAAAGAGCUAGCUGGAAGGGUUCAGCAAAUUCAGCUACUAGGCAGAGAUAUGAAAGGACCUGCUCAUGAUAAACUCUGGAACCAGCUGGAAGCUGAAAUCCAUCUGCACCGGCAUAAAACUGUGAUCAGGGCAUGUCGUGGUCGUAAUGAUCUAAAGCGACCCAUGCAAGUACCCCCAGGACAUGAUCCAGAUUCCUUAAAGAAGAGUCAAGGUGUUGGUCCCAUAAGGAAAGUUCUAUUGGUUAAAGAAGAUCACGAAGGACUGGGCAUUUCAAUUACCGGUGGAAAGGAGCAUGGUGUUCCCAUCCUCAUCUCUGAAAUUCACCCAGGUCAGCCUGCUGAUCGAUGUGGAGGUCUGCAUGUUGGAGAUGCCAUUUUGGCAGUAAAUGGUGUAAAUCUGAGAGAUGCCAAACAUAAAGAAGCUGUAACUAUUCUUUCACAGCAGAGAGGGGAAAUUGAGUUUGAAGUUGUGUACGUUGCUCCAGAAGUGGACUCAGAUGAUGAAAAUGUAGAAUAUGAGGAUGAGAGUGGACAUCGUUAUCGUCUGUAUCUUGACGAAUUGGAGGAAGGUGGAAACUCUGCUUCUAAUAGAAAAUCUGGAUGUGGAGAUGUCAAACAAUUGCAAGUGUUUGAUAAGAAAGCAAGUAUUGAUGGCCAUGAAAAUGGAGACCUAGGAAAUUCAGUUGAAACAGAAGAGACUAUAUCUAAACUAGACCAAUCUGCUGAAAGCUUAGCCUAAAACCACCCCUAACUCAUCAGUGGGACUGGUCUCUUCCUCAAGACAGGUUGUGUAGACCGUUCUGCAUUCAAAAUUCCACAUAAAAUUAUAAAGGACGAUUAAAGGGAUAAAGAGAA